AUGUCCGACGAGAUCCCCAUCGACCCCAAGUUCCCCUCCUUCACCAUGGACUACGCUGACACAGCAGACCUGUCCGACAUCACCAACGUCCCCAACAGGCGCACACUACGCGACUCUGUUUAUCGCUCCCAGGUCCCCGCCCAGUUUGCACGAGCCAGCUUUUCCACCGUCGGCAAGGCCCCUGAUGAUACCUUUGACGAGUCCGUCCAAGGCCAUCCGCAGGACCCACACGUUGACAAGCCCUGGGACAAGAAGCUCGACUUUGCUAGCGUUGCAAAGGCCCCGGUCGCGCGCGGGGGCGACGAUGAGGACGACGACGCAGGCUUUGACGUCCCGGAUAGACUCACUAUGGGGCCAGGUGCUGCAGCUGCGAGGUUGGACCUGCAGCGAUGCACUAUUCGCGUGCAUCGCCAGCUUGUCGACCAGAUCAAGACCAAUAGCAUGAAGCCUGGAACGAUCGAUUCCUAUUCCAGCGCGGAGAACCGCGGCACGGUUGCGGAUGAACUCAGUCGCUGCCAGGGCGAAUUGUGGUUGAAGAGUCGCGUGCCGAUGAUGGGGUGGAAGAAGAGGUACGGAAGCAUUGUUGACCAUGCGUAUUUCGGACCGGUCUUGUUUCUAUUCAAGUAUGAUGCUAAAGGCAACGUGGCACUGCAUCAUUCCAUGAUGAUCGUGUUGGUGGACAGCCAUGUGAGGCUAGGGAAGAAUUCCACAACAAAGGACAAGGAUUAUCGCUGCGAGUUUGUUCUCAAGACCACCAAGAGAAGGUAUCUCAUUGCAGCAAAUCACACCAUGCGUAGGGAUUAUUGGCUCAGGAAUCUUGAAAGUAUUCAGCAACAGGCAUCGACAACCUAUGGAUGA